GUAGUAUUUAUACCUAUAUACACAACCCAUACAAUAUAACUUGCCUACCUACUACCUACCCACAGUUCAGUUUGACGCGAAUCGCGGAAACAGCGUGUGUGCGCGCGCGCGCCUUUCCCUUAAUCUGUACACCUCACCGUCCUCUCUAGCUUCUGCACAAGUCGCAAACGCUCGCUGUUCCCGGAAACCUCUUCCUCGACGUCUGCUGCAGCUAGAGAGUCGGUCGUUGUCGCGGGUGGAAUCGCUCCCCCCCCCCGAUGGCUUCGCUGACCGGCGCACCGGAGUAUCGACGAUCAUCUGCCGCCGCUGCUGUUGUUGUUGUUGUCGUCGAUCCUUCCUGCAUCAUCGCCAGUGCAGAUGAGCAAGCAGAGCGGCGGGGCCGGGGCCGGCUGCAGCAAACUGGACAGCAGCUGCUGCAUCAGCACCUUCCCCGAGCACAUCCUCGAGAUGAUAUUCUCGCACCUCGAUCUCUACACCCUCGGCAAUUGUCUGCUCGUCUGCAAGCGCUGGCACAGUUUUCUCAAUAACGACGAGAACAACGACAUCUGGCGCACGCACUGCAAGAAGAAACUCGCCGAGGAAACGCUCAGCUCGGACCUCCUCUCCUCGGUGCUCAGUCACAAGGCCAAACUCCGGGCUUACUACUAUGCCUGGAAUCCCAACGACUGCUCCAGGAACAUCUACACCAAGUUCAAUGACUUUACGCUGCAUAGGAAUCCCAUUGCACAGAGCACAGAUGCGUGCAGAGGCAAGAUAGGCUUUCGCCAUGGAAGACAUGCGUGGGAAGUCAUAUGGGAAGGUCCUCUUGGAACAGUUGCCGUUAUAGGCAUAGCCACUAAAGAAGCUGCGCUGGUUUGUCCAGGUUACGUAGCUUUGCUUGGAUCCGACGAACAUUCCUGGGGCUGGAAUCUUGUUGAUAAUAAUCUCCUGCAUAAUGGAGAUGCUCAAGGAAACUAUCCUCUUCCAAACAAUGCACCAAAAUACCAAGUAGGAGAGAGAAUAAGAGUCAUAUUAGAUUGCGACGAUAAUACCUUAUCGUUUGAAAAGAAUUACGAAUUCCUGGGUGUAGCAUUCAGAGGAUUACCGGACAAAAGGCUAUACCCAGCUGUAUCUGCAGUCUACGGCAAUACAGAAGUUUCCAUGGUAUACUUGGGUCCUCCGCUGGAUGGGUAACACCUUACAUUUCAACACAAAAUACCUCAAGAUGAUUAUUUUGCAUUUUUAUGUAACUUACUCCUGCUGAAGUUGCAGUUAAAAAGCAUCAGCAGAAUAUUUAAGUUAUUGCGAAAUUUUCUCCAGCUUUGGAAUGCUGUAGUUUGUGUUAAGUAUUGAGUACCAAAAUUGCUGAUUUAGUAAAAAUGUGAAAUCAUUUAAAAUUUCACAGUGUAUAUAGUACGCUUUAUAAGUAGCUUGAGAAUCCAGCUAGGCAAUUUCAACAAUUUUUUUAAAAAUCAACAUAAAAUUCAAAGAAAAAUAUUAUGCUCCGUGAGUAAUUAUAAAGAUAAUUAUUUAAUCGUGUCAUUGAGAAGUAUACAUAAAACACUCACUGUUUAAAAAUUUGAAAAACAAAUUUAAACAUCAGUAAGUAUUGCUUUUUCAUCUGGCUGUAAAAAUGCGUGUAAAUCAAUUCAAGCAUAUAGAUUAGUUAACUCGAAAGAGCAAGGCAACUUAAAGAAAUAUUUAUUAUACAUUAAUUAUAGAAAUGAUGUUUUCUAGUCUGUACAUACUUCUGAUAUUGUAUUUAUUCAUGAAUUAUUUGCCUCAGGUAAUGAAAAUCAUUUUUUAAGUAUUAAAAAAUACUGACAAUUCAGAUUGUAUAUUAUAAACAACAUGUAAGAUAAAAAUAGUACUUAAUAGUGACAGAAUUUUCAUAAAACCAGAGUACAUUGGUUGUACAUACGUUUUACCAUCACUACGUUUAAACUAUCUAGGGUAUCUGUUCAUUAUAUUUUCUAAACUUUUGUACAGAAUUGUGUACAUAAUUAAUACAAAUGUUUAAGAAAUAAAUUUUAUUUCUUAUGUACCUCAAAAGGCUGUGUAAAAUGCGUCACACUUCUUUAUCUCUACCUAGCUCAGUCUUAAAAAUAUUUUUCUUUUCAUCAUUUACCACAAGAAUAUUCAUGCGCAUCAUUAAACUACAUAGUCAUAAAGAAUAAAGAUAUUUGGUCUCAUUCACGGAAAGAAAGUUUUCGUUCCAAGACUUUCAUA